AUGAAGAACGAGGAAAUGAGGGAGAAGACAUCAGAGGAGCGUCGAGAAAGUACGUGUGCGAUGUGUGUGGAGGCAAUCAAGUGGACGGACACCGGAAAACAGCCCAUGAAGGAGGACUACGAGCAAAUGCACAAAAGUUUGAGAACGUGUGCAGCCUUAGCAGUACAGCGAGGAGACUCGAUGUGCCUAUCCAACACUCACCUCAACCACUUGUGGACUGCAACUGGUUUUGCGUUUCUGCGACUGCCCAGAAUGGAGCACAUUGAAGCCUUCAUGCAGCCAUCUGUCUACUCACCGUCCCAACACCCUUCUGCUUUCAUUUAUCCAUGA